UUGUGAAGGGAAAUGACCCAUGCGCACUUGUUUACUUUUUGACGUACGAAGCUUCCUACGUAUUUUCUAUUUACUUGCACGCUUAUUUACCACUGCUUCUGAGAAACGAAAGAUUGUCGGGACCAUUUCAUUGUAUUUUUCAGGCACGUGGCCACCAUUGAUAUUUUACGGAAUAUGUGCUUGGAUCGGCCAGUUUGAGGUAGGGGAACAAGUUGUGCCUUGUGCAGCAUAUAACUAUGGUAACUAUGGACACUAUGGCUACGCAAACAAUCUCUGCAGAGGAGGACGUUACACGGCUCCGUGGAAUCCCUGUAAAUACAAAUGCGUUACGAACGCUGGUCACUACUACUAUAAUUCAUAUCCUGAUGGAACAGUUUGUAUUUUGAAGCAGAGGCCACUCGAAAUUGGUCUUUGUGAGAAAGGACAAUGUCGAAAAGGUGUCACACGUCGUCCACGCCCAAAUAGCUGUGAUCCACCAAAGAACGUGAAAGGGUACGUGCCCGGCUGCCAAUACGAGUGCCCUAACCAGAGAGGAAGAAUGGGAGCGCACCCUACUGGAACACCAUGCAUGCCGGUUAAUAGCCAAGGAAACCGCCACGGAGUAGCAGGAAUAUGCCAGAAUGGGGAUUGUAUAGCACAUUACUUACUUGAUGAUCAUGGUACUACUGAGGCAGUGUCUAAAAUAUUUGCGCAGGAGUACAAAAAUUGUACGGACAAAGAACAUCUUGGGAAAAGUGCGCUAUAUGAUUGUCAUAGGUAUUGCAAGGUUGGCGGCGGAUGGUAUUUUGGACAUUAUACAAGCAAUAGCACAUGUCAGUUUCACGACAGAAAUCGCCUGGGCUGGUGUUGCGAAGGAUAUUGCCAUGAAAAAAUGGGAUGCGCUGGAAAAAAUAAUAAAAAAAUCGAAUAGUGGACCAUAUGCUCCAAAAAAUAUAUUUCAAGUGAUACACGAAAUUUUCAUGCGAAUGCCUCUCAAAUAUUUCAGAUAAAGUCAAACAUGUCUGUACUG